ACCUGCUAUGUGUCACUUCUAACAUCCACAAUCUAAAACCUCUUUCUUAUUUCUCCAGCCAAUAUAAGGAUGUCGCUGAAGAAAAUCUGCUCCUACUUUGUCUCCUUAAUUCCCAAGCUACUGUAGCAAUUGAAUCUGUUAGCAAUGGCAUCCGUUGCAUCUUUGCAGACUCUAUAUGCAGCAAGUCUGAAACAGUCGCCAGUGUCAGGUAGCCAUUCUCUCUCUUCCCGUCAUCCAGUGGCGCCGGCACCGCGCAGGUCAACAGUUUUGUCCAGGACCAGGAGCCGGAAUAACCAAAAGAGAUCCCUGACAGUAGUUGCAGCAGUUGGAGAUUUAUCAGCCGAUAGUACGAACUACCUAAUUGCUGGUGCAGCCGUUGUUGCCCUGGUUGGAACAGCCUUCCCGAUCUUGUUCUCACGCAAGGACACGUGUCCUGAAUGUGAUGGUGCGGGCUUUGUUCGGAAAUCUGGAGUGCCCUUGAGAGCAAACGCUGCACGUAAAGACGAGGCUCAAAUUGUAUGUACCCGUUGUAAUGGCCUUGGCAAACUGAACCAAAUUGAUAAAUGAAUACCCUUUGCAUCCUUCUCUUUCCCGUGAUUUUAACCUUAAUUUCCUGCUGUAAAGUCCAAAAGACCCUAUCUCAAUUUCCAAGUGAAAAUUCCCCUACGAUUUGCAUAAGUUUUGAGGUCUUGAAUCUCCUCGAUAUAUAAUAACAGAAGCAUCUUUGAUGUUAGUCUUUA